CUAGCCUUUGCUCGAGUCUCAAAAUGCCAGCUGAACGCUAGAGCAUGCCGACAUGCGCGCGUCUCCAGUCGCUAGUAUCAAGCGUAGCGCCCUCAUGCCCGUGGCGGUUUCCGUAUUUCAGUUUAUUUGGUCUUCAGGCGCUAGACAGGGGCCUUUCAGACAAGUAAGCGCUAAACUCGGUUCCGACCGGCGCCACCGUUCGAUUUGUGGUGAUCCGAGCCUUGUCUGGUCUGCCUGCAUGCGAAUCAUAUGAGAAGAGCCUGGAAAGAAAAUGCAAAAUAAUUACUGGAAAAUUGAAAAGGCAGACGGUGUAGUAUCCCGACGUUUGAUAUAGCUCUAAGCUAUAGUUGAUGUCGCAUUGGCUAAUACUCUGUUAGUCGCCGGGAUCCUCUGUUGCUACCUCACCAGGGUUACAUUUUCACAGAAUGCCUCGCUACUUUAUUUAACACGCGCAUCUCUCGCCUUUAGAGGAUUUCGCAAGGUCUGCUUCUUCGGUGGAUAUCGCAUCAGCUGAAGCCGGCCCCUUGGCGUGGAACGAAGAGAAUUUUAUUCUGUUCUAGUGGAUCCAUUAGCUUUCUUAUGACUGACGGCCCCUUUGCUGAAUGACUCCAUUGGCCGUUUCAUUCUUUCCAUGGUGAUUGUUUGAACUUCUUUUCAUACUCGCGGUAUUGUUUUGUUGUCGCGACAGUAACUGCAGACAGACAAGAUGGCAGCCACAUCGCCCGAGGACGCUGUGCACAAUGAUGUGAAGCUGGAACAGGCGACCCGCCAGGCUUCGUCGCUAGGUGAAGCCGACAUGAAAAACCAGUAUGACGAUGAAGAAUUCUGGACUCGCGCCGGACUCACGCCGCAGUCGUUCCAGAAGCGACACUAUGGAAAGGGCAUCGUCGAGAUGGAUCGCGCAAUUAAGAAGAGGCAUUUGCACAUGAUUGCAAUUGGCGGCGCUAUUGGAACUGGCCUCUUUGUAGGCUCCGGUAGCGCUCUCGCCAAAGGCGGCCCUGCAUCGCUAAUUAUUUGCUUUCUCAUUACGGGAUUCAUUGUUUUCAACGUUGUCCACGCACUGGGUGAAUUGGCCGCCUUGUAUCCCAUCUCGGGAGGCUUCUACACCUAUGCCACCCGUUUUGUUGACCCCUCCUUUGGAUUUGCUGUCGGCUGGAACUACGUCUUUCUGUACUGUAUCGGCUUACCGCUUGAACUCACCGUGUGCGCCCUAGUCGUGCGGUACUGGAACGAGAAUCUAAGCGUCGGUGUCUGGAUCACCAUAUUUUUGGUGGUCAUCAUCCUGAUCAACGUCUUUGGUAGUAUCGGGUUUGCAGAGGAGGAGUUUUGGUCGUCGGUCUUGAAACUGGCCGCUAUUGUCGUCUUCAUCAUCAUCGCCCUGGUGCUCGUACUAGGCGGUGGACCUGCAGAUGGCAAAUACCACGAAUAUCAAGGCGCCAAGCUAUGGUACGAGCCGGGAGCAUUCAAAAAUGGAUUCAAAGGAUUCUGUGGCGUCUUUGUCACUGCCGCCCUCGCCUUCAACGGAACCGAGCUCGUCGGCUUUGCUGCCGCUGAAAGCAGAAACCCGGCCAAAGCACUCCCCGGAGCCAUCAAGCAGGUGUUUUGGCGAAUUAUCCUCUUCUACAUCUUGGGACUGCUAUUCAUUGGCUUGCUUAUCCCCUUCGACGACCCUCGUCUGCUGUCUGCCCAGGCUUACACCGACGUCAAAGCGGCACCAUUUGUCCUGGUCGGCGAGUAUGCCAAUCUCAAGGGCUUCAACCACUUUAUUAACGCCAUUAUUCUCAUUUCUGCUAUUUCGACUGGCGUUGCCAUUGUCUACGGCGGCUCUCGCACCCUCACGGCCAUGGCACAGCAGGGAUACGCCCCCGUUGUCUUUUCCUACAUUGACCGAUCUGGUAGGCCCCUUGCCUCUGUUGGCGUUUUCAUCGCUACCGGUCUUUUGGCAUACAUCAACUUGUCCGUGACGGGACCCGAGGUUUUCGAGUGGCUGCAGUCGUUGGGUGGACUGGCUAUUUUGUUUGCUUGGGGCGGCAUCUGCCUGGCCCAUAUCCGAUUCCGCGCGGCAUGGGUAUAUCACGGCAACAAAGUAUCGGAUAUUCCUUUCCGUGCUGCCUUUGGUGUUUGGGGCUCAUGGAUUGGGCUGGUUGGAUGCAUUCUCGUGCUUGCAGCACAGUUUUACAAUGCAAUUACAGCUCCUAUUGGAAAGCCAGGUCCUCUCAACACAGCCGAAGGCUUCUUCCAGGCGUACCUCGCCUUCCCGAUCCUCCUCCUGUUCUGGGCCAUUGGCUUUCUGUGGAAGCGCACCGGAUUCCUGAAAGUCGACCAGAUUGAUAUUGAUACAGGAAGACGACAGCUGGAUUAUGAAGCUAUCCACGCCUAUGAAAAGUAUAUUCAAUCGCUGCCACUGUGGCGCCGUGUAUACCACAAGUUGUUUUGAUAUGAGCGACGGCUUGGAUGCAUAAUGGUCACGCAAAGAUACCCUCUGUUAUCUGAUUUCAUUUGAUUAAAAAAUAUUUAUCUAUUCGAAUAUAAUAUAGCCCCAUAUAUU